AGCAGCGAAAGGUGGAGAGAUUUCCCCCCCCUCUCACACUCUGUCUGUCACACACACACGCGACCUGUGACUGAAACGGGACACAUCGAAACGUAACAGGAACAUGGACCUGAGCCUGCGAGAUGCUCUGGGUGGGGGUGGAGGUGGGGUCUCAGGUGGGGCCCCUGCUGAGGCCCUGCUGAAGAGAGACUUCGUGGCCUCGCUGGAGAAAGAGAGCUAUGAUGACAAGGUGGGAGAGACAGUCUCCAAGAGCGACUACCGGCCCUUACUGGAUGGAAAGGACACCAAGAGUGGUCCAGGGAUGAUGUCCUCCAUGAUGUCGUCAGGGGGACGCCAAGACCCACCAGGACAUUCUGCUUUCAGCUCCGACUACCUGUCCGGUCCUAUGAUGGGUGGGAGGACAGAUCAGUGGAACAAGACAAAGGACAAAAGCACGCCUGACUCAUUUCUAGGCUUUUCUCAGACUGGGAUGGGAGGCACCAUGGGGUCCAGCCUGCCACCGUUCCAGACCAGUAUGAGCACCACCGUCGGCCAGACUGGGAUGGGUUCAGCUAUGGACACCCAGAAGAGUUCGGGCCUAUUUGGUGUGGAAAACAAAACCACCAGUAACACCAGUGGAAGCAAUCUGUUUUCUUCUGGUGGUCCAGGAAUUCACUCUAUGGAUCACUCUGCAGUGAAAUCUGACAACAAGGAAAUGCAGGAGAAGACGGACAAGUUUGACACCUUUGAUAAGAAAGAGAAAGACGAUCAGCUGAAGAAGGACGCUGGUCCAGACAAGAACCAGAAGUCUGAGAAGAUCCUCAAAGAAGAGGAGAAGAUGGAAAAGAUGAACGCGGAGAAAAACAACAAGGCCAACGAGAAGGCAGAGAAGGUGGACAAGCCUGAGAAGACCAACAAAGACGAGAAGAAGGAAGAGGAGAAGAAGCUGGGUGAGAAGGGAGGGAAAGGGACAGCCAAGUCUCCAACAGGCAACAGCAGCAAGACCCUGCCCAGCCCUGACAGCAAGAGCAAGACUCCAGAAAAUGAGAAACGCCCACCUGUGCCAAAGGCCACGCCCACACCCCGUGCGACAGCCAGUAAGAAUGGCUCCUCUGCGACUGCUGCAGGUAACCCUGCUGCGAGCAAGAAUGACAAGACUGAGAACAAGACAGGCGAGGCCAAGAAACCCAAGGCUACAGCCCGUCCUCGCCAAGCCUCCACCACUACUCCUGCUGCCUCCACUAACGGUGAAACCUCUCACCGCCGCCGUGUCAUCACUAAACCCCCCGUGCCCAAGCAGACCCCAAUGGAGAAGAAGCCGGCGGUGCCGCGUGCUCCCCGAACCCCCCGGCCCAUCAACGCUCCAACACCUGACCUGAAGAACGUCCGCUCCAAGAUCGGAUCCAUUGACAACAUCAAGUACCAGCCUGGUGGAGGAAAGGUCUCCUCCACCCCGAACAACAAGACGUCGGACUCCUCCACCCCUGCCGCCAAGGCCAGAGUUCAGAUAGUGCACAAAAAGCUGGACUUCAGCCAUAUCACGUCUCGCUGUGGCUCCAAGGACAAUAUCAAACAUGUCCCUGGAGGUGGCAAAGUUCAGAUCCUGCAUAAGAAGGUUGAUCUGAGCAAGGUGACGUCCAAAUGUGGCUCAAAGGACAACAUCAAAUAUAAGCCAGGUGGAGGGGAUGUGAAGAUUGAGACCCAUAAGCAAAACAUUAAGGCUAAGUCUAAGAUUGGAUCCAUGGACAACGUGGGGCCAGGCAACGACCAGACCAACGGACACAAGCUACAGGAGGAGAAAACAGAGAAAACAUCUUCACCCCCAAGUGGCGCUCCGACAACUGGAUCAGCAGGUGUUGCUAAGGCAACAGCACCAGGAGGUGUUGCCAAGGAGAAUGGGGUGAAGGAGCCCAAACCUACUCCUUUCGGCGGAGACGGACUGAGGGAGCAUAGCAUAGACAAACGCAUCACUGAGACAAAUUGAGUCCCAGUGACCUGUAGAUUUUGGUGGGACACGCAUGGCGCUCGCCGACCUGCCAAUCAAACGAACAACCAACCUACCACGGCGCAGUCACUUCCCUUUGGCCCCGCCCUUCAUCUCGCCCACCGCAGCACCGAACCGACCGAUCGCCUCUCAGUGUUUCUCUGGGGUCUGCCUGCCAGCUUCCUGCUACCAACCCUGACCUUUAACCUCUCAACGGUUAAAUCUUUGGCCCUGCCUACCACAGAGAAGAGCACCUGCUGUUUGUCUGUGUUUCUGUGUGCGGCGUUCCACCAGCUUCUCGACUGAUAAAAUUCCCUUGUAAACACUAAUUAGAGGACUUUAACCUCAAAUCCCAAAUUUAACUAUACCAACGCAAUAAACCCUCUAUUGUAGUCAAUGCUGUAUGGAAGUAUACUGAGCAUAGCCAGUUUUAAAAUAUUUUACACAUAUAAGCCUAAUUACUGUUUUAACACGUGUUCUUAUAGUGCAAACACCCUGCCUCAGAAUUUAGUCUAAUCUGUGGUCCCUCCUACAGGCCUUCACAAUUCAAAACCACUUUGAUCUUUGAAUCUUGCUAGCAAAUCUAUAAUAUCUAUUUUCCCCACCUUCAUUCCAGUCCUUGUCCACCUAGCCCCAGACCACACAAACCAGCUGAGGGCCUGCUACCAGUCAGCAGCAGGGCAAAGUCUGCUUUAAAUCAACAUGUUCCAACCUCUAAGCCAGCCGGCGAUUAUUUCCGUAUCUACAACAGUGCACGUUGUCACGUUAUAGGUACUUCUACAGCUCACUCAUCAAACAUUAUCAUUACAUCUCUCAGUAUCAUUGCACCAGUUUGUCCCACCCAAAUGUAUUACAAUAAUGCUUCUUUAUCUCUGGACUAUUGAUAUCAGGAUGCUCACCAUUAGCAGUGAUCGGUGCAGAGGACAGGGGCUUAUGAACAGGAGAGAGGACGCAUUUGGAGACGUUUGGAAAUAGAUCUAAAGAUAAUGUUCAGAGUCGGUGCAGAAAGUCAGUGCUGACGCGUUUAGGAUGUCAGACAAUUCCUGUGUAAUGUUUCAAGUAAAGAUGCAUUCAUCAACAGCACAGUAAAGAAAUGCUAAAGGCUACAACAAAGCAGAUGACUUUUACCACAAAUAGAAACAUCAUUUAAUGAUGGGAUUAGUGCGUGAUAGUAAGGUAGGCGUAAAGUGAUGGGGGAGCUCUGGGGCUUCUCUGGUUAGCCUUGCCAUAAAGGAUUUGGCACUGAAGGUAUUUGAUCGUGAUCCAAAUAAGUUAAGAUCACAGUAUUUAACCUUGAAGAGCUAAAGGAGUGAUCUUCAAGAGAAGUAUUUUUUAACCCUUUAUGAUAAGUUAAGUUAAACUUUUAGCUGCUGCACCUUUUAGGCGUUAAUGCACAGUAUACUGUAUGUAGCACUUCUCUGAUUGUGGACAGUGUGAACAACCAUGUCACAGGCUGCUGGGUAAAGACCUGGUUACGCCAGCACAGAUUUUAUGGCA